ACUUGCAAGGCUUUGGAUCGAUUAUUCUUCAGGUAUGUUUUUAUCACGUACGAAUUAAGGGGCAGCCCACCAUCGACUCAGGCUAUUACCCAUCGAUCAGGGAGUAGAAGAAGACCGAACGUGUAGGGGGUGUCGGGCAGCAGAAACGAUCGCAAGGAGGGUGGGAAAGAACUCAUCAGCAACGCAAGGCAGGAGGUUGUGACAAUUGACGGGAUUUUCUGUGCAAUUGAAGUGUUAUGAUUGAUUCUUCUUCUUUAUGUUACAAAGGCAAAAUAGUCAUGUUACAAGGGCAAAAUAGUCAUUUUUCACAGUUUCCAUUGAAGAUAAUUCAAGGUAUGCUAUGGUACUUGGGGUUACCAGAUAAUUACCUGAGUAACCUGGAAGAAAAUAAUAUUGAUGGGUGUUUUAAGGUAGUUGAAAUGGGCGAUGGGUUGAAAGGGUUAUUUGUUGUGAAAACCGAAAAAGACGAAAAUAUAUUGUCUGUACUUGAAAGGAAUGCAUUGAGGAAUGGAGAGGGUAUUUCAAUUCCAUUGUUUCCAUCUAAAGGUUUGAGGUUGAAGACAAAGAUUUUGGAUUGGUUGGACCAUUUUCAGAAACUCCCAUAUGUUUCACCAUAUGAGGAAUGCCCCCCGGAUUUGUACCCGGAUAGUGAUGUGGCUGAGAAACGUGUUGUGGGUGUGCUCCACGAGUUGCUUAGUCUGUUUGUUGAACAUUCUGCAGAAAGGAAGAAGCUUUUGUGCUUGAGAAAGUAUUUGGGAUUGCCACAAAAGGUUCAUAAGGCGUUUGAGAGACAUCCCCAUGUGUUUUAUCUUUCUUUAAGGAACAAAACAUGCACUGCAAUAUUAAAGGAAGCAUAUUAUGAUAAAACAACCAUAGAGGUCCAUCCUUUUGCCAAAGUAAGAGCAAAGUACAUUGAUUUGGUGAAGGAAUCGAAAGGUAUUUUGAAAAACAAAAGACAAUGGAAUAGAAAUUUGAAGGGCGAAGAUGAACUCAUGAUGCAAGGUUAG